AUAAUUUGAUAUGCUGUCACUUGCGGUAUAUUUCAUAUGCCAAGCGGCAGCAAUUGCUCAAGUGCUCGAGCUAAACGAGGGAAAAGUACAAGGAUUUGAGUACGAGACGGAAAAAGAUGACAUUGCCGAAGUGUUUCUCAACAUACCUUUUGCUUCACCACCCAUCGGUGAGCUUAGGUUUGAGAGACCACAACCACCAAAACCAUGGCUUGGUGUCCGUGAUGGCACCACUUUCGGAGCCGCCUGUGUUCCCAUCGUCCCAGAGGCUACUUUCACGGAUUCAAUUAAGAUAAGCGAGGAUUGCCUAAGUUUGAAUAUAAUACGACCCAGCCCAGAGGUCUCAUCAGGACAUUUGCUGCCUAUCCUGUUUUAUGUGCAUGGCUCAGGUUUUGGGAUGUUUUCGGCUGUCCAGUGUGGAUACAAAGGUUUUGCCGAAAUGUUUGCAGGCAGAGAAGUUAUUGUUGUUACGAUACAGUAUCGACUAGGAGUUUACGGAUUCUUUUCCACUGGAAAUGAGGAAAUCCCCGGGAACAUGGGCCUGUUUGACAUGGCUGAAGCUCUGAAGUUUGUCCAUUCCAAUGCCAAGAGGAUUGGUGGAGAUCCUUCGCGCAUUACCGUUUGGGGAGAAAGUGCAGGCGGAGCUGCAGCUGGUCAUCUGAUACUUAGUCCGAUAACAAGAGAUCACAUUGUCCGCUCCAUUGAGAUGUCGGGCUCACCUUGGACAUCGUUCGCAAUUGGUAGCAGUGUGGUUAAAAAUUCAUUAGAACUAGCAAAUGCAUUAGAAUGCAAGGAGAAAAUCAAAUCUUGUAUGAAACAAAAAACUCGUGAAGAGAUUGUUGACGCCAUCAGAAAAGUGGGCUCGAAAACGGGAGGCUACGAUUUUGUGAAAUGGGGACCAGUUAUAGAUGGAAUUUUUCUUCUCAACCCAGAUGAAAUGGCCGCAACUGCACCACCAAAAAAGUCCAUAAUUGGUGUCACAGCUAAGGAAGCCAUCGGUCUUGCCUUGCUUGGCCCACCUUUGGAGUUUUUCCACAGCCUCUACAUUGACCCAUCAACAUACAGCACCUGGGAUCGACAGAAGCUUGUCAAAAAAUUGAUGGAAUUCGUGAUGAAAACUUACGUUGGAAACCAUUUGUCUAACAUAUUGCAAGAAGUCAUAGGCUUUUACGUCGACAAAAACGAAGAGAAGCACUUCGAGUUCUAUCUUGAACGCUACAUCGAGUUUCUCAGCGACCUCCUUUUCAACGUGCCAGCGGUUGAUGGUAUUUUGGCUCGCCGUAGUGCCGGUUGGGAUAUAUACGCAUAUGUUUUUGAUUACUGUCCUUAUGAAUUUAACGAUAAAAUUCCGGAAAGGUUAAGAGGAGCAACGCAUGGAAGUGAGUUUGUUUACUUUGGUGACAUAAGCGCUGUACUGGGACGCGAGUUUGAAGAGGAAGAAGAGAACAUUGCUGACUUUCUAGGAGAGUCGUUGUCAGAGUUUGCUAAGAAUGGGCAUCCUUCCAACAAUCAACAACCAUGGUUAAGAAUCAAAGCAGGUUCUGCUAUUCGCUUUAUGAAUAUUGCACCAAAAUGUGAGAUGAAAACGGGCUUUUUCAAUGAAUCUGCAUCGUUCUGGCAAAAAACGAGAAAAUACGGAUUUGAUAUGGUGAAAUUGUUACGGACAAGAGAUGACAUGGAAAGGGUGAAGGACGAACUUUGAUGUGAAGACAGCUCC